CCAGGUUUUCAGUUACUUGUGGAAAGAGGACAAUGUGGGGCUUGACUGAUCUCUCUGGGGGGGGGGUGUUCCAGAGCCGGGGGACCACCACCGAGAAGGCCAUCUCCAUCGUCCCCACCAGCCACGCUUGCGACGGCGAUGGGAGUGAGAGGAGAGCUUCCCCGGCAGAUCCCAGUUCGUACAGGGAGAUGUGAUCACGAAGAUAGGUAGGGCCCAAGCCGUAUUUAAAACUUUGGGUCCCUUUGUAAGAGAAAAAGGUGGGAUAUAAAUAACGAUGAUGAUAGUGAUGAUGAUGAUGAUGAUUAUUAUUAUUAUUAUUAUUAAAACACAAAACAUAUUAUGAUAUCCAUUUGCACUUAUUAAAACAAGAAGAAACAAAUGUAAAAUGUAAUGGAAUACAUUCACACCUUUCCUGUUUUACAGGCUUUUAACUCUAGUGUAAUCUGCAGGUGGAUUCCUAUGGCUCAUAAUUGUAACAUGGCAAAGGAUUAGGAGGAACACUGAUGGCUAGCAUGACUACAUGGAGUGCUGUUACUUCCCGCCGAAGCGGUACCUAUUGAUCUACUCACAUUUGCAUGUUUUCAAACUGCUAGGUUGGCAGAAGCUGGGGAUAACAGCGGGCACUCUCCUCACUCCUUGGAUUUGAACUGCCAACCUUUUGGUCAGCAAGUUCAACAGAUCAGUGAUUUAAUCCGCUGCGCCACCAGGGGCUCCCAUAGUACAAAUAUAUAUUUCCUUCAUUUUCAUUUCUAGUGCACUGCAAAAUGUGGUAUGAAUGGGUUGUAUGAGGCUACACCAUGUGCUUGUAGUACCGGGACGCUCAAAACUCCCUGAGUGAGAACAUUUAAUUCAGCUUUUCAAUGAAUGUGUAAAAUCAGGUGUGUGUUUGUUUUGUUGUGCAUGCAUGUUCAGGUGAUGGAGAUGCCCUGGCAAUGCUUACCUGGCUAUUAGCAUUGGAAAGUUUAAUUAUAUACAUUUCCACCACAUUGCACUGACUUUCUUUUGAUGAUUGGUUAGAGGGGAGAUGGAGUGUGAGGUGGAAUAAAAUACCAUUUAUCUCUCCCUAGAGUUAUAUUUUUCUCUCUUGCUUUGUAAUGUAGAUAAUGUUGGUUGCUUUUGUUUCUUAAGAAAGAGAGCUAAAAGGAGCCCAAAGGCUCCUUUCGGUGUGCCUUCUGCUUUUAGGCGAGGAGAGGUCACCUGACUGCCACCUCGGCAUGCGCUUUUAUCAGAGGGAAAGCAAGAGUAAUAGAGAUGAGGACAGAAUAGGUCAUCGCUGUUCAGAAGCAUAAAAGACCCUGACUGAAGGAGGAGAGAGUUAGGCUGCUGGUGGGGGCUGGGAAGAUGGUGUGUGUGUGUGUCUGUGUAUGUCUAUGUGAAUGAGAGAGAGCAGGCAGGCUCAGGGAGCUGCUGCUGCUUGCAUGCAUGCUUGCUUGCUUGCUUUGCCUUUACAGAGGAGGAGAAACAAAAGCGCUCAGAUGCAAUUUUAUGUUGCUGUGUCUGGCUUAGGCAGAAAAUUCUAGACAUCCAAGCCUAGCUGAAGCUUUUCCCAUUUCAAUAAGAUUAUUUUCUUCGCCUUCAAAAUGGGCUGGAUCAGUACAGGUGGCUUCAAUCUCAGGAGACGGCAGACAGGCUGAAAGAGGACCAUGGAAAGGCACUACAAGGCCUCAUAAGGAGGGGGAAGUUCCUGGUGUGGAUUAUAUUUUCAUCACUGUUGAAGAUUUUAUGGAAUUAGAGAAAAGUGGUGCCCUUUUAGAAAGUGGAACAUAUGAAGACAACUACUACGGUACUCCAAAGCCUCCAGCAGAGCCAACCCCAUUACUUUUAAAUGUAACUGACCAGAUACUCCCAGGUGCCACACCCAGCGCUGAAGGCAAACGCAAAAGGAAUAAAUCAGUGAGCAAUAUGGAGAAGACUGGAAUAGAGCCUCCAGAGGAAGAGGAGGAAGAAAGACCUGUAGUCAAUGGGAAUGGCAUGGCAAUAACACCAGAAUCAAGUGAACAUGAAGAGAAGAGUACGGGUGCCACAGGUGAAACAUCCUCUCAGCCUUACCCUGCCCCUGUGUACAGCCAACCCGAAGAAGGAAAGGAAGAUAUGGAUAUAACAAAACAGCCAAAACCUGAAGAAAAUGAUGAAUUGGGCCCUUUACCUGACAACUGGGAAAUGGCUUAUACAGAGAAGGGAGAGGUCUACUUUAUUGACCAUAACACAAAGACAACAUCAUGGCUGGAUCCACGACUUGCGAAAAAGGCUAAACCCCCUGAAGAGUGCAAAGAAAAUGAUCUUAAUCUAAUGGGUUGGAUCCCAAGGUUCCCUUCUUCCGACGGAGGAAGCUUUCCUCUGACAGAGGAAGAGAAUAAAGAGCUACCAUAUGGCUGGGAGAAAAUUGAUGAUCCCAUUUAUGGCACUUACUAUGUUGACCACAUAAAUAGAAGGACACAAUUUGAAAAUCCUGUUUUGGAAGCAAAAAGAAAGCUACAACAGCGUACCAUGCCCAACGCAGAACUUGGAACCAAGCCUAUGCCGGCCCAAGGUUUCCGAGUAGAAAGCUCCUCAUCAACAUUACCUAGGCCCAAACUUGUUCACCCGCGCCCUGGUCCUCAGAGGUCUCGCAGUGUGAGUGACCUGUCUCAGUGUCGGCGGGACAUUGCUGGAGUAUACAGGCUGUAUGAAAAACCACUUUUCACCCGGGAUGCCUCACAACUGAAGGGAACUUUCCUCAGCACCACUCUUAAGAAAAGCAAUAUGGGCUUUGGAUUUACCAUCAUUGGUGGAGAUGAGCCCGAUGAGUUUCUCCAGGUAAAGAGUGUUAUUCCCGAUGGGCCUGCUGCACAGGAUGGCAAGAUGGAGACAGGUGAUGUCAUUGUCUAUAUUAAUGAAGUUUGUGUCCUUGGGCAUACUCACGCAGAUGUAGUCAAACUCUUCCAGUCUGUUCCCAUUGGUCAGAGUGUCAACCUGGUGCUAUGUCGUGGAUACCCUCUGCCCUUUGAUCCUGAAGAUCCGGCCAACAGCAUGGUGCCACCAAUUGCAGUCAUGGAGAGGCCUCCAGUAAUAGUAAAUGGAAGACAUAACUAUGAAACUUACUUGGAAUACAUUUCUAGAACUUCUCAGUCUGUUCCAGAUGUAACAGAUCGGCCGCCACAUUCCUUGCACUCCAUUCCAGCAGAUAGUCAGCUUGAUAGCACAUUUCCACCACCUGUUCAUGAUGAUAAUGUUUCAAUGGCUUCUUCUGGGGCCACGCAAGCUGAACUCAUGACCUUAACCAUUGUGAAAGGGGCCCAGGGCUUUGGCUUCACUAUAGCAGACAGUCCCACAGGACAGAGAGUGAAGCAAAUUCUAGACAUUCAGGGGUGCCCUGGUUUAUGUGAAGGUGACCUCAUUGUUGAGAUCAACCAGCAGAAUGUACAGAACCUGAGCCAUGCAGAAGUAGUGGAUAUACUUAAAGAAUGUCCAGUUGGAAGUGAGACUUCUUUGAUUAUCCAUAGAGGAGGAUUCUUUUCACCAUGGAAGACUCCAAAGCCUGUAAUGGAACGAUGGGAGAAUCAAGGCAGUCCUCAGACAAGUCUAUCCGCUCCAGCUAUACCACAGAAUAUCCCCUUCCCACCUACCCUUCACAGGAGUUCUUUUCCUGAUUCAACAGAGGCCUUCGACCCAAGAAAACCUGACCCAUAUGAGCUGUAUGAGAAAUCACGAGCUAUUUAUGAAAGUAGGCAGCAAGUGCCGCCCAGGACUGGUUUUCGAAUGGAUUCUUCAGGUCCAGAUUACAAGGAUUUGGAUGUUCAUCUUCGGAGAAUGGAAUCUGGAUUUGGCUUCAGAAUUCUUGGAGGAGAUGAACCUGGACAGCCGAUUCUGAUUGGAGCAGUAAUUGCUAUGGGCUCAGCAGACAGGGAUGGCCGCCUACAUCCCGGUGAUGAAUUGGUCUAUGUAGAUGGAAUUCCAGUGGCUGGCAAAACCCAUCGAUACGUGAUUGAUCUCAUGCAUAAUGCAGCUCGAAACGGUCAAGUGAAUCUAACUGUGAGAAGAAAGGUGCUACCCACAGACUCAUGGAGUCAGAAAAAUUCUCUCCAACCUGGUGCAACGCCCCCUAGCAGCUCCCCAAACCCUAGGAAAAUGGCCAGUAAUCAAGAACCGUGUCCAGAGAAUGGCAGGAGUCCAGGCUCUGUUUCAACGCACCACAGUUCUCCAAGAAGCGACUAUGCCACCUACGCAAACAGCAACCAUGCUGGAUCAAGUAGCAACGCUACACCGCCAGAGGGCUUUGCUUCGCACAGCAUGCAGACGAGUGAUGUUGUCAUCCAUCGCAAAGAGAACGAAGGCUUUGGUUUUGUUAUCAUUAGCUCCUUGAACAGGCCUGAAUCAGGAUCUACAAUAACUGUACCGCAUAAAAUAGGUCGGAUAAUUGAUGGAAGCCCUGCUGAUAGCUGUGCAAAACUAAAAGUCGGAGACCGGAUUUUAGCUGUGAAUGGCCAGUCUAUUAUUAACAUGCCUCAUGCCGAUAUUGUGAAGCUAAUUAAAGAUGCUGGUCUUAGUGUAACUCUUCGCAUCAUUCCUCAGGAGGAGCUGAACAGCCCAGCUUCUGCACCCAGCUCAGAGAAGCAGAGCCCCAUGGCACAGCAGCACAGCCCCAUGGCUCAACAAAGCCCUCUCUCACAGCAGAGUCCUGUAGCACAGCCCACGCCUCCACAGCCGCUCCAGUCUCAAGGGCAUGAGAACAGUUACAGGUCAGAGGUAAAAGCAAGGCAGGAUGUAAAACCCGACAUCCGACAACCUCCGUUUACAGACUAUAGGCAACCUUCAACGGAUUAUAGGCAGCCUCCGUUAGACUAUAGGCAUCCUCCAGUAUUGGAUUACCAGCAACCACCUCCUCUGGACUACCGGCAGCCCCCCUUGAUAGACUACAGGCAACAUUCUCCUGACACCAGACAAUACCCCUUAUCAGAUUACAGACCGCCCCAGGAUUUUGAUUAUUUUACUGUCGACAUGGAGAAGGGAGCCAAAGGCUUUGGAUUCAGUAUUCGAGGAGGACGAGAGUACAAAAUGGAUCUCUAUGUGUUGAGGUUGGCAGAAGAUGGGCCAGCAAUAAGAAAUGGAAGAAUGAGGGUGGGAGAUCAAAUAAUUGAAAUUAACGGGGAGAGCACAAGGGACAUGACGCACGCCAGAGCAAUAGAACUAAUCAAAUCUGGCGGCAGGAGAGUACGGUUGCUAUUGAAACGUGGAACCGGACAGGUCCCGGAAUAUGACGAACCAAACACCUGGAGUUCUCCCACUGCCUCCUCCCCAGGUCUGCCGGAAGUAACUAUUUCCCUUGAUGACAUUGUUUCACCAUUAUCUUCAUCACAUCUAGCCCAACCCUCUGACCCUUCCUACCAUAUAAACCCAGAACCAACUUGGGAUAUUAAGAGGGAACCUGAUGUAAAAAAACCAAAGGAGCUUUCAGCAAAUGGCCACAAAAAGAAAAGGUUAGGCGAGCAAAGAGAGAGGUCUGUAAGUCCUAAAAAGGUAGACAGGUCAAAGCAUGAAGAGGCUUCUAGGAAAGGAAGCUCAGAAGGCAAGAGUAAGACUGGUGAAAGUGGUGGGCCAACAUCAGAUAGUAAGGCAGUCGGACUGAACGCAACAGCCGAGCCUGGAGUACGAGAUCAUGGGUGUGCUGGAACCAAUGAUGAACUGGCCGGGAGAUCCAAGUGGCUGGACAGCAAAAGAGGAGGAUCUCUUGGCAUAAAAGACCACGAUACCGCAGUUGCUGCAGUGAAGAAACCAGCUGCAGCUUCCAAACAUGUCAAGCUGGAUUCCUCUGGUGCUACAAAGGCGUACAGUAGCAAUAGCUGCAGCUCUCAUGGAAGUGACAUGGAUCACAACCAGAAGGAAUCAGAGAGGAAGCCCAGCGAGUUCCCAUGGAAGGGACAUCUCCACUCCAUUAACACACGCAGCACCAACACAACAGCUCGGAAGGCAACUGUCUCACCAGGACCGUGGAAAAUUCCAGGUUCUGAUAAGCUGCCUAGUGUACUAAAAUCUGGCACUUCUGCUAUGAGCAGAUAAAUCCAUGACUGUUGCCUUCUAACUGUUUCACAGUGACACAGAACAUCCUUCUUAGCUUCUGUCUCACACUGAUUUAUUUUAAUUUAUUUUAACUAUCUCACACAUACAUACGCAAAACAUUGAGGAAUGGAAACAGUAAUAUGUAAUUCCAUGACAAACGUGCAUAAUGUCUUAAUAAGUUGAAGCAACAUAAUAGCCACACAGUAUUUAAAUGUGACCCUCAAGUCCCCAGUUUCACUUCAGAGACUUUGGCAGCUAUGGAAGAAACCAAAAUAAUAUGAAGGACAGUUGACCAUGAGGACAGUGCAGUGUAGCUUUAGUUUGUUGUUUUCCACUGCAUGAAGGAUUUGGGAUUUUCAUUCAAACUUUAUAUCAAGAAACUGGAAGAAGUUAGAGCAAUCACAAACUGGAACAUCGCCUUAAAUAAAACUGCACGGAGCAAGCUAAAAGUGGGAAUAGAAUCUUUUAUCUGAGUUCAAUGUUGUAAAUAAAUUGUUAUUGACAUAUCCAGAUGGGGGUUUGAAGCAUUUGAAAUUGUACAUCCAUGACAUGUCUCUACUGUUAACACUUUGGAAUAGACCACCCAAUUACCAGUAGCAUAAUUCAUUAUGCAAGGUGAGGAACCUUAGUGGAUUAGCUGGUGUGAUACCAUUUCUACUGCCAUUUUUUGUGAACAAACCAUAUUUCUGUAUGUUGGGAAAAGAGUUCGGGUGGAAUUGUAUUUGCAAAUCAAGCCUCAAAAGCAAUUUACUACAAAUUACUACCCCACUCACAAGUAUAUAUACACACACACAGACACACUGGGUUUACCAGAGUCAACAUGAGGAACUGUAACAUACAGUUUCCACAAACCACUACGAUUAUCAGGAUUUGAUUCCUGAAAGAUUAAAAGCUGCAGUUUCCUUUCAGAACAGCUUCUGUCUCCAACAGAAACUCAUAAUUGCCUGAGCAUUUAGUCAAUUUUCUUUUGAUAUGACUGUCUUUUCUGUCUACCAUCACACCGUGAAAAUUCAAAAAUAAGAGAUUGAGGGGAAAAAUCCUCAUUUAUCAUAUUUAUCACAUUCAUUGGGCAUCCAGCUCCGUUCUUCCUUCUACAUUCUUAUUUAUGUCUUUCUUGCUUUUAAAGUUCAACUCUUAAGUGCCACAAGAACUUUUCAUUCCACAUUGAUCGAGUACAGCUUCUCCAAUGAGCUCCAUUUAUCAUCUCUUUAUCCUUGAGAUGUUUGCUUACAAAGAAAAAAAAAUAGCAACAGCAAUACAAAGAAGAGUAAAAACAACAAUACUCCGUAACUAUGCUUUGAAGGUCACUGAAAGUUUUGACUUGGAGAAGAAUGUGAAAAGGUGGUGGGAUUUUAGUCAUUAAGUCCAUACUUGGUGCAAGAGAUCCGUAUCUUGUAAGCUCUCUAGCCUAUUUCUCAAGGAGAGCUACUGCACUUCUGUUUUUCCUUCAGGAGAUAUGGAGACAUAUUUCAACCAUAGUAGCUGGGAAAUAAAGGAUCGUGUACUUUGUGUGCACAAGUAUUGUGCAAGUAUUUGAAAGAAAAUACUUAUUUAAAAACGAGUCCCAUUAUAAUUUUUUAAGAAAGCACAAAGAUAUGUAGCUGUUUACAAAAAUAUAUAUAUAGUUUUUAAUUAAGAAAUUAGAGAUAUAUCUUUAUCCCCCUCGUCUAGAUAUUUGGCAUAAUUUGAUGUUAAUUUAUUAAAUCUGGACUUCAGAUCAUGUUUCCCUAAUCAAAAUGGAAACACAUGUCCAACAACAUUAUUUCCUCCACACAAUGAACAGAAGCAAACAGCAAUGGGGAAAACAAACCAUUGAGAUUAUGCUUGCAUAAACUCCAAUUUGCACAGUGCCCAGCGACUCCUUGUGCAGUAAUUGCUUUAUGCGGCUGUAAUUGAUAACCUGUGAAGACAGCACAUCAUCUAAACCCCAUUCCAAAUAAUAUUUCUGUGUAGUGUUAGCUGUGAAUUUACCUUGUACAGCUCUAUCGCUAUAAAUAUAAUUCCAUGUAUUAAUAGUCACAGAAAGGCUGUAAGUGAGCAACUAUUUUUAUGAAACGCACCACUAUGGAUAAAUUAACUUUUACAGAAAUCUUGUUUACUGUAUGAUAUUCUAAACCACUCAAAUAAAAUAUAUAUCCAAGAAUCUUUUUUCCCAA